AUGGCAGAGCUCCACGAUAACCUGGCAGGCCUGCGCGGCCUGUACCAGGAUCUCUCUGCCAUCACGGAUUCUCCCUUCCCCAGCAUCGAACGGCUCCGCGUCGAAUUGGAGACCCAUAUUCACGACUUCCGAAAACUCCUAGACAAACCCCCCAAGGCCAACGACAGUCGCCAGAAGGUACUUUCAGGACGCAACAAUGUAGGGAAGAUCAUGGUCGAGGACGUUGAAUAUGAGAUCAAUCAGGAUUUCCAGCAGGGCACGUUACAGCUGGCCGAUGCGCUCAAUCUCAACGAAUUGGAUGCUGCAAUGAUGUUUCUUGCAGCUCAAGAAGAUUCUCAGGUGCUAGACAGACCUCCUGUGAUUACCGCCAUCAUGCGAUUCCACGAACGCCGUCAUUUCCUUCUCGAGUGUUUGCGCCUUAUUUUCCGCGAGUCCUACGCAUUCCAACGCGAAGUCACCCAAUGCACCAUGCAAAAUGCCCUCGCCUAUAUUCUGGAAAUUAAGGACAGUCCUCUGCGAAACGCCUCGGAGUUCGCGAGGAAGGGCCUCAAAUCAAUGGAAGACAUCGAGAAAUGGCUCUCACUUCUUGGUGACCAGGUUCAAAAAGCUUCCAUUGUUGGUGAAGAAGGAGACCGCGACAUCAUGGAGGCUAUAGAGUAUCAACGCCAAAGUCUCCAACAACAGCAUGAGUCGCUUGGCGCCAUUCUUUUCUACAUGUUUAAGGGCACAUACACAAGUCAGGAGGACUUCCGGGUACUCAUCACCCAGUUGAAAAAAUUGGAGCGCUUUGAUGGGUUGUUGAUGCACUAUCUUCCCGUCACAAUUGCCUCCUUUGUUCAGCACGGUUCUAUGGAGGGCAAUGUUUCGCAGAAGGAGGCGAGAGACCUGAACUCCGUCAUCACCACCGGAAAGGAUGGUCUGACUUGGAAGCUCCCAGCCUUCCAUGCUGCCAUCAUUGCCCUGUGGCUGUCAGUAUACAGUGGAUACUAUUUCGAUGACGCCCCGAAUCCCGGAGUCGAUCUCGAGAAAGAGGCUGACGAGCGGACAAAGUUAUUUAUGACUGCACUCGAUGACGGCGCCCUUGACUUCAUGCUCGCUGUUUGUUCUUGUGUGAACAGUGAAGAGUGGGCUGAUCCCGCGCGAAGUGAGCUCGUGGCGCUUCUUCUGAGGGAGAGUGUCAUCUCGUUACCCGAAGCCAACUCGUGUGCCCUUUACAUGAAGGAGCUUUUAAUGGAAAACUUCGAGGUCUUUGUGGAAUUAUGCGUUGCGAACAUGCCUGACGCAGUUCGCAAGCUUAAGUCCGAAGAGGACACUCAACGAUUGGAACAAAUCACUGCUCUGAGAGAUGGUCUGACAACCAAUGUUCAUCGCGGCUUGGUGGAGGCUAGAACUCAUCUCGAGUCUCUCUUGAUGGUCAUUUCUUUCGCUUUCGAGCGUCGACAAGAAGCUGCGCAGGAAUUCUGGGCCGACCCUGAUGGAAAUCUUUACGGAUUCCUCCAGUGGGCUUCAAAGCGUCAAACUGUCCCCCGAGUUAGUGCCUUCUGUGAGAUGCUCUGCUCCAUCUCAGAAGGUGAAGAAAACGCUGCAGCUGCUUACAGAUUCUUGUCUGAGGAAGACAAGUUCAUGGGCUCCAAGCUAAAGCGUUCCACGACAAUGAAUUGGACACAAAUGUUUGCCGAACUCAAACUCUAUGCGGGCCGUGUCACUGCCGAGAAAUCUACCACGAGCAAUACCCCUCAAGGGAUGAUGCGCAGUCGAAAGCCAGAGCCCGUUGAUAUGAGCGAGCCAGAGAGUCCAGUCAUGCUGACCUGCUAUCUUCGCCUCAUGGGGCACCUCUGCAAACAAAACGGGGCCAUCAGAGAAUGGAUGUUGCAGAAUGAAUCUUUUAAGGUGGUUGAAACCCUCUUGACAUUGUGCAAGGGGCCGAUACCCACUCAUCUCCGAGCCACCACGUUUGCCGCGCUUUCAGCCUUGGUGACCGACAAGACAUCUGCUCAUGGCAACGAGAUGUGGAACUCCAUUGAUCAGUAUCUGUCUGGUGCACUGGUUCCUGUUCAAAGCAAUAGCAAACCACCAUCUCCCCAACAAAUGGUGUGGCAUGAGCAACAAACUCUGCAGAAAAUCGGGGAGAGUUUUGACCAAUCUAAUGCGUUCAUUCUCCUGAUCAAUACUCUGAUCAUGCCCGCUUCCGAUCUUGCAGGCAACAACUUGGCUCUGCCAUUCCCAGAGAUCUUGGGAGCAACGUAUCGCAUGCCUGGUAUCGAGCCUUAUGUCGACUUCGUUCUGGGUCAUGCUUUGUCUCGCAAGGUCCAGGACCUCAAUGAAUAUCAGUCUCGUCGUCUGACGUACAAUUGCUUAGAAUUCGUUGUGACGAGCUUGAAAAGCUUCAGUGAAGACCUCGUCGCUGUCCUAAGCCAACCUUCCCUCGCCGAAUCCUCUCCAGCCGCGUCAGUCCUCUUUGGCUACGUUCGUCUCCAUGCCUUUGCUCGGGUUAUGGAGUGGCUUUUCAACGAGGAUGUUUUAAAGGCUCUGUUUGCAACCAGUCAGCAGGAUAUUGCCGAGGUCGCUCAAGCGCCGUCCGACUCUGUUCUGGUCCUGACCUUACUUCGAAGUAUUGAAGUGAUGAACCUAAUCAUGGAUCUUCAGUCGACAUAUUUCAACGUUGUCAAGCCUUUGGUCAAGGCUCAUGCUGGGCCCAACAUAACGAAUGUUGCAAACUCAUCACUUGCUUCUUUUGAAGACAGUGUACUGAACAACUUAACACUAGUGCCCGCUCUUUGCUUAUACUGUGGUACGGGUCACGAACAACUGACUGUCACCUCCAUGGCGUUGCUGGAGAAGCUUACGAGCUCCCGUAAGUUGAACAAGAUGUCGUCACCAGAACUGCUCAAAUGGCAAUCUUCGAACAAAAUUGUCGAGGUGCUUUCCAGUGAGGUGGACGUUGACAGCGUAUCCCGCUCCCUUGUCUCACAAAUGGAUCCGGAUCCGAGAGAGCUGGAGUACGGUGCGGAAGCAGCAGGUUAUGUUAUUCGGGAAAGCCUUCUCGCUCUCUUGAAUAGCUGUCUGUCAAUGAUCACAGAUCGUCCUACUGUGGCUCAUCUCCUUCUCGGCUUCAGCUGCGUCGGCAACAUUCUCGAUAUUCCAUCCGAGGGGUUGUUCGCAAACCAGAUGUCUUUGUUGCAUGCCAUUGUCGGAUUUUUGCAGAGAUAUCCUGAUUAUAUCGGUGGUAGCAUCAUAUCAUGGACUGUGCACCUCAAACGCAUGGCUUUCGAGGUUCUGAAGCAUCUCUGGUCCUCAAAGCUGGCGACUUAUUUCACCCUCGGAGAAAUGCGUGCUCAGGGUUUCCUGAUGAGUAUGUUUGCAGAACAACCCAUCGUGGGUCCUGAUACCGCCUGGAACGGUCUGUCGAUUGCGUCGAAGGAUUUCUGGUACUGCGAUGCUACCUCGGCAUUGGCAGAAUUCCUACUAUAUCGCAGUCAUCUGUUUGCUUAUGCUGCAACUGAGAUCCGCUCAGCGGCCAAGAUCGGCUCUCCAACACUUCAGACGGACGUCUUGUCAACUCUGCUCGGAAACUCCAUCUUGGGUAAUGGAGAUUCUAUCAACAAUCCCUCUGUGUUUGAUCUGUUCGACUUUGCGGAUCUAGAUGUUGGUCGCGAAAUUGCUAUGCCUAAGCUUGCGUUGCUGGAUCAAAUUGCUGUCGAUGCAUGUGCUAAGGAAGAAGGUGACUCUUUGAUCCUCUAUAGUGUCACCGAGGUCGAAGAGUUAAUCAAGAUUCGGAGACAAGAGCUAUCGGCCAGUGGUCCAUUCCGUCCUCAGGACGAGGAGCAGUUCCUGGUAGAGGCAAAGAAUUUGAAGAUGUUCCUUCUCGCCACAAACCAAAGCCGCCAAAUCCAACGCAAUCGAUACCUCGCUCUACGAUCAUGGGCUGAGCUCAUCACGACAAUCAUCGCCUGCUCUGUCAUUGAUGACACAAGCCGACCGACCUUCAUCCUUCACGCUAUUCAAAUGGUUCUCCCCAAGAUCGAAAAAGCGAUCGAGAACGAUUCGCCAGAAGCCAUCGAAUUGGCACGAUUGGCGGAGACUUUGGUUGGCAAGCUUGCUUCCGAUAUCUCUACAAUCCCUGCUUCCCGAAGUGGCGAUGUCAUUGACGAAAAACUUCAUCAGCUUUUCCAAGUCUCUUCUCGUGGUAUCACGCUGGCAACCGGCAAUGUGGAAUUGAGAGAAAUUUUAUACAGCAUUUGCUCUCUCUACAUCACCCGCAUUACAUCUUCGGAUGAGACUCACGACGGCCUGCGACGUCACAGCCAGCAAGUUGUCAAGGCAUCCGGUCCGGGCCUCAUUGAGACGAUUUGUGAUGAUGCAUACACUGGCCAAGAAACGUGUCGAGCUGCGGCUCUGCUACUGCUGAACUGUCUUGCGAUUCUGGACAGCCGGACUGACUGCAUCUUGGCUGAGGCGAUCUCACAGUCCAACUAUCUCAGUCUGUUCUUGGAUGCAGUCAGAUCACUGCCCCUCGAGUUGCGAAAUGCCGAGGCAGCAGACACCAUCGUUCUACUGGCAUACUACGAGUCUUUACUCGCUCUUCUUCAACAGCUGUGCCAGACUAAGAACGGAGCCAUUUCAGUUCUCAAGUCUGGUCUUUUCGAGUCGGUUCGUGACUCGCAGCUUUUCGCUGCUGAUCCGGAUAUCGGCAUCGGCAUUGAUAACCCCGACGCCCUUCGAAAGUAUUAUGAUCUUCUCCUGUCCGUGAUUCGCGUGAUCGUCUCGGCAGUCUUCUCUCGUGGGACCCACAAUGAACAGAUCAAGGCUCAAACAGUGACAUUCAUCGCUGAGAACCGGCCAUGCAUGGUGGGAGUCUUCAAGCGAUUUGCAAAGAUUGGAGGUAGUGCCCCCUCCGAUCACCAAGGCACCCUGUGCGAACUCGUCAAGUCGUUCAUGGCCCUUGUGGCCGCUACCGAAUACCUAAAUGUGUGUAUUCCUUGUAUUCCUUCAUUGGGUCAUGUCUCGCUAACUUUGGCAUAG